AUGGCAGCGGCCCAGAAGCUCUACCCUCGCGCGACCCUCAAGAAGAUUGUCAAGGCACACUCGAAGCGCAGUCUCACCAAGAACGUCGAUAUUCUGAUAUUCCUCGAUUAUGCUCUGUUUCUCCAGACUUUAAUGAAAGAAGCCGGCAUCAACGCGAAGCAGGCGGGGGAACGCGGCAUCAGUGCCAGGAGUGUAAAGAAGGUCACCGAGAGUAUGGAUGGGGAUGGAUAUGGGGCACAAGAACUAGCAGUUUAUAAGGCUAUUGAGGUGGUUAUGAACCGGGCGAAAUGGGUUAUUCGCAAGGCAAGACACCACCUCACGAAUACCUACAGUGCAGAUCGCGUCGUGUCAGGUCGGACAGACAACAGAAGCCGUUGGUUAGGGACGCACCCUCCAGCUACCACAGUGGAAACCCUGCCCCAUGGGGAAGAGUAG